UGCACUGCGGUGUUUCCCGCGCGGGCUACCCCAGUUCCCGGGUGUACGGCGCGGCCUUUUGUACAGCCGCCGGCGCCGCCGCCGUCAUGGGUUUCCUGAAACUGAUUGAGAUCGAGAACUUUAAGUCGUACAAGGGUCGGCAGAUUAUCGGACCGUUUCAGAGGUUCACCGCCAUCAUUGGACCCAAUGGCUCUGGUAAGUCAAAUCUCAUGGAUGCAAUCAGCUUUGUGUUGGGUGAGAAAACCAGCAACCUGCGAGUAAAGACCCUGAGGGACCUGAUCCACGGAGCACCUGUGGGCAAGCCAGCUGCCAACCGGGCCUUUGUCAGCAUGGUCUACUCUGAGGAGGGUGCUGAGGACCGCACCUUUGCUCGUGUCAUUGUUGGGGGUUCCUCUGAAUACAAGAUCAACAACAAAGUGGUCCAGCUACAUGAGUACAGUGAGGAAUUAGAGAAGUUGGGCAUUCUCAUCAAAGCUCGUAACUUCCUCGUCUUCCAGGGUGCUGUAGAAUCUAUUGCCAUGAAGAACCCCAAAGAGAGGACAGCUCUAUUUGAAGAGAUCAGUCGCUCUGGGGAGUUGGCCCAGGAAUAUGACAAGCGAAAGAAGGAAAUGGUAAAGGCUGAAGAGGACACACAGUUUAAUUACCAUCGCAAAAAAAACAUCGCGGCUGAACGCAAGGAAGCCAAACAGGAGAAAGAAGAGGCUGACCGCUACCAGCGCCUGAAGGAUGAGGUGGUGCGAGCUCAGGUGCAGCUGCAGCUCUUUAAGCUUUAUCACAACGAAGUGGAAAUUGAGAAACUCAAUAAGGAACUGGCCUCUAAGAACAAGGAGAUCGAGAAGGACAAGAAGCGAAUGGACAAGGUAGAGGAUGAGCUGAAGGAGAAGAAGAAGGAGCUGGGCAAAAUGAUGCGGGAGCAGCAGCAGAUUGAGAAGGAGAUCAAGGAGAAGGACUCAGAGCUGAACCAGAAGCGGCCUCAGUAUAUCAAAGCCAAGGAGAAUACCUCCCACAAAAUCAAGAAGCUGGAAGCAGCCAAAAAGUCCCUACAGAAUGCUCAGAAGCAUUACAAGAAGCGUAAAGGUGAUAUGGAUGAGCUGGAAAAGGAGAUGCUGUCAGUAGAGAAAGCCCGGCAGGAGUUUGAGGAACGGAUGGAAGAGGAGAGUCAGAGUCAGGGCAGAGACUUGACCUUGGAGGAGAAUCAAGUGAAGAAAUACCAUCGGUUGAAAGAAGAAGCCAGCAAGAGAGCAGCUACCUUGGCCCAGGAGCUAGAGAAGUUCAAUCGGGAUCAGAAAGCUGACCAGGACCGGCUGGAUUUGGAAGAGCGGAAGAAAGUAGAGACAGAGGCUAAGAUCAAGCAAAAGCUGCGGGAGAUUGAAGAGAAUCAGAAACGGAUUGAGAAACUAGAGGAAUACAUCACCACUAGCAAGCAGUCCCUAGAGGAGCAGAAGAAGUUAGAGGGGGAGCUGACAGAGGAGGUGGAGAUGGCCAAGCGGCGUAUUGAUGAGAUCAACAAAGAGCUGAACCAGGUGAUGGAACAGCUGGGGGAUGCCCGUAUCGACCGCCAGGAGAGCAGCCGCCAACAGCGAAAGGCAGAGAUUAUGGAAAGCAUCAAGCGCCUGUACCCUGGCUCUGUGUAUGGCCGCCUCAUUGACCUCUGUCAGCCUACACAAAAGAAGUACCAGAUUGCUGUAACCAAAGUUUUGGGAAAGAACAUGGAUGCCAUUAUCGUGGACUCUGAGAAGACAGGUCGGGAUUGCAUUCAGUACAUCAAGGAACAGCGUGGGGAGCCUGAGACCUUCUUGCCUCUUGACUACCUGGAGGUGAAACCUACAGAUGAGAAGCUCCGGGAACUGAAGGGGGCCAAGCUGGUGAUUGAUGUGAUUCGCUAUGAGCCACCCCACAUCAAAAAGGCCCUGCAGUAUGCUUGUGGCAAUGCCCUUGUCUGUGACAAUGUGGAAGAUGCUCGUCGCAUUGCCUUUGGAGGCCACCAGCGUCACAAGACAGUGGCACUGGAUGGGACCUUGUUCCAGAAGUCAGGGGUGAUCUCUGGUGGGGCCAGUGAUUUGAAGGCCAAGGCUCGGCGAUGGGAUGAGAAAGCAGUAGAUAAGUUGAAAGAGAAGAAGGAGCGGUUGACAGAGGAGCUGAAAGAACAGAUGAAGGCAAAGCGGAAGGAAGCAGAGCUACGUCAGGUGCAGUCUCAGGCCCACGGACUGCAGAUGCGGCUCAAGUACUCACAGAGUGACCUGGAACAGACCAAGACACGACAUCUAGCCCUGAAUCUACAGGAAAAAUCCAAACUGGAGAGUGAGCUAGCCAACUUUGGGCCUCGCAUUAAUGAUAUCAAGAGGAUCAUCCAGAGCCGAGAGAGGGAAAUGAAAGACUUGAAGGAGAAAAUGAACCAGGUAGAAGAUGAGGUGUUUGAAGAGUUUUGUCGGGAGAUUGGUGUGCGCAACAUCCGGGAGUUUGAGGAAGAGAAGGUGAAGCGGCAGAACGAAAUUGCCAAGAAGCGUUUGGAAUUUGAGAAUCAGAAGACUCGCUUGGGCAUCCAGUUGGAUUUUGAAAAGAACCAACUGAAAGAAGACCAGGAUAAAGUACACAUGUGGGAGCAGACAGUGAAAAAGGAUGAAAAUGAGAUAGAAAAGCUCAAGAAGGAGGAGCAAAGACACAUGAAGAUCAUAGAUGAGACCAUGGCCCAGCUGCAAGACCUGAAGAAUCAGCACCUGGCCAAGAAGUCGGAGGUGAAUGACAAGAAUCAUGAGAUGGAGGAGAUUCGUAAGAAACUGGGGGGCGCCAACAAGGAAAUGACCCAUUUACAGAAGGAGGUGACAGCCAUUGAGACCAAGCUGGAACAGAAACGCAGUGACCGCCACAACCUGCUGCAGGCCUGCAAGAUGCAGGACAUCAAGUUGCCACUGUCUAAGGGCACUAUGGAUGACAUUAGUCAGGAAGAGGGUAGCUCUCAGGGGGAGGAUUCAGUGAGUGGUUCCCAGCGAACUUCCAGCAUCUAUGCACGAGAGGCCCUCAUCGAGAUUGACUACGGUGACCUGUGUGAAGAUCUGAAGGAUGCCCAGGCUGAGGAGGAGAUCAAACAGGAGAUGAAUACACUGCAGCAGAAGCUGAAUGAGCAGCAGAGUGUACUCCAGCGUAUUGCUGCCCCUAACAUGAAAGCCAUGGAAAAGCUGGAAAGUGUCCGAGACAAGUUCCAGGAGACCUCAGAUGAGUUUGAGGCAGCCCGAAAGCGAGCCAAGAAAGCCAAGCAGGCAUUCGAACAGAUCAAGAAGGAGCGUUUUGACCGCUUUAAUGCUUGCUUUGAAUCUGUGGCCACCAACAUUGAUGAGAUCUACAAGGCCCUAUCCCGCAACAGCAGUGCCCAGGCAUUCCUGGGCCCUGAGAACCCUGAGGAGCCCUACCUAGAUGGCAUCAACUACAACUGUGUGGCUCCUGGCAAACGCUUCCGGCCUAUGGACAACUUGUCAGGGGGGGAGAAAACAGUGGCGGCUCUGGCCUUGCUCUUUGCCAUCCACAGCUACAAGCCAGCCCCCUUCUUCGUCCUGGAUGAGAUCGAUGCUGCCCUGGAUAACACCAACAUUGGCAAGGUGGCAAAUUACAUCAAGGAGCAGUCGACUUGCAACUUCCAGGCCAUCGUCAUCUCUCUCAAGGAGGAGUUCUACACCAAGGCUGAGAGCCUCAUUGGAGUCUACCCCGAGCAAGGGGACUGUGUGAUCAGCAAAGUCCUGACCUUCGACCUCACCAAGUACCCAGAUGCCAACCCCAACCCUAAUGAGCAGUAGCAGUAGUUCUGCCCUCCUGCCCUGUCUGGAUCCCUAAGCUGCCCCUCUCCCAAUCUCUGGAUAUUUGGUUCCCAGCCUUCCCCUCCCUCCUGUCCCUGUUUGGUAUAGUCAUGGGAUUUAGGCACUGCUGUCAAGCACGAAGAGGAACAGAGGUGAUGUUAGGUCUGGAGCAAAAAUUCCUGAGCUUCAGGGAGCAUCCUGGCCUUUGGAAGGAGGUGCUGAGCUGAACUGAGCUGAACAGGGCCAUCUGUCCAUUCCCCACCUUCCCCUCUCCCAAACCUUCCCUCCCCUCUUCACCCAUAAUCAUGGGUCCCUUGGGCCCUUUGCAUCUUGCUUGUGUGUGGAUAUGUAUGUGUGUAUAUAUGUGUCUGUAUGUGUGCAUAUGGGUGUGUUUGCAAAAUAAUAAAGAUAUUGGAGACCCAUUUUAGAAGGAGCCUAGGCUGCAUUUGAUUCUAAGAGAGCUUAGUAUGACAGCACCCCAGAGCUGGGCAAAGGUGUUCAGGACCUCAUAGGAAUCAGUCAUAUGGAAUUGCCCUCAUUCACUUGUGUGUUUUCAUUCAUUUGUGUAUUCAUCAGACAUAUAUAUUGAGCACCCUCUGUUUGUCAGGCUCUAUUCUAGAAAUACUGAGCUGAAUCAGACAUGAUCUCUACUAUCCUACUCAGGAGAUGCAGUGGGUUCAUGAUUUCCCAUGGUCAGCUGAAUCAUAUUUAUAGGUACUUUGAAUUUGAGAAGAGGACGAUCACCUCCAGGUUUCCUGGAGAAGGGUCACAUUUGAGCUGAACCUUGACAAGUUGAUAGGAUUUAGUUGGGUACUAGGAGUGGAGCCUGGGCUCUUGGGACAGACAUUUGUGGGUUCUAGUCCUUUUUUUAAAAAAAAUCACUUAACUAGUGUGAUGUUGGGCAAGUCAUUUGACCUUUCUGUGCCUCAGUUUCCUCAUCUGUAAAAUGGGGCUAACAAUAUUACCUACCUCAUAGGAUUUAAUGAUGUCAAGCUCCUCACUGGGGCCUUAUCCCUGCUUGGAGCCCACUAGGUGCCGACCCCUCAGAAUACAAACUUUCACAUACCUAGACCCCUAAAGGCUCUGAUCCCAGUUGUUGGGGACAGAAGGAGCCUCCAGAUCUGGGAAACACUAAAUGCCCUGGUUAUUGAAAAAGUUCCAGGGCACCAAUGGUGUUUGCCUGAUAAGUGAAGGGCCUAGGAAGCCUAAAGCUUCAAUCAUGUAUGGUAACCAGGUGCCUGGGCCCCAACCCGGGUCGUGAGGAAAUAGGGGAGAGGUAACCUGGGCCACAUCCCGGCCGAAUGUGUGUCAGGUUCCUUCUGGGAACUGUGUCAGCUGCAGGGACUGUGCAGGGGCAGCACAGCUUGCUGCCAUGAGGUCAGCCUUUGCUCGUUCACAUACACUGUCAAACCAUCACCUUGUCCUGAUUGUAUAUCACAUUCUUGUUUUUUAAAAGGUAAAACCGUUCUAAACUACUCAAGUAAUGCAUGAAUCCAUUCUCUAAGACAUGAGAUUUAUAAGUAAACUAGCCUUGUUUGGCUACCAUUGCCCGGCCCCCUCUAAACUGCUGUUGUUUGUUGUACAUCCAUCUAGACAGUUUUAAGACUUUGACAUAUGAGUUCAUUGAAAAUAUUAUUGUGUAUUUAAUACAAAUGGUAUAUUGAGUCAUUCUGCAGUUUGCUUUCUUCGUUUAAUGGUGUUCUUGAGAUCUAUGCAUGUUGUUUGGGCUAAAUGUAGAUUGAAUUCAGCCUUUGUAAUUGCUGUAUGGAGUGCCAUCAUAUGACUGUACCACAUCGUACUCAUUUCUUUUGUGAUAGCUAGAUAAGACUGUUUUCUCUUUUUGCUAUUAUAAAAUACUACACAGGAACAUUUGUGUGUGCGUGUGCGCGCGUGCUUGUGUGUGUAUGCGUGUGCGCACAUGUGCAUAUGAGUUUACCUAGGGUUGCUUCCUAGAAGUUGAAUUGCAGAGUCAUAGACUAUUUAUUUUUUUGUUUUGAAUAGAUACUUCCAAAUUGCCCUCCUGUACUAUUUACUCAGUAUUUUUUUUUAGGUUGUCUUAGGUAUAACAUUGUUAUCUACUUCGGUUUCAUCCUAAGUAGUGAUAUCCGUGAAACCAUGGGUCUGAUGUGCUAAUUAUGUAUUUUUCUAAUACAUAUUAAAAGGCAUAACUCAAAAUAAAUUUGUCUGUGUUCAACCAAAGAAGUCAUAUACCACCAGUGGUACAUGUGCUGUAGUAUGGGAAAUACUGGCAUAUCUGAAAGAACACAAUUUGGGAGUCACCCUGGUUCAAAUCCUAGCUGUAGAAACUUGAGCUCAUUACCUCACCUCCCUGAAUCUCAGUUUCCUCACCUAGAAAGGGAGGUAAUACGUGCCCUACUCUGUUGCAGUAUAGGGAAGAGGAAGUUUGAAGUGAUUUGGCUGGCACCUAGAUCAUUAUAGACCUCUCAAGGUAGCAAUUGCUAUUCUCCCCACUUUAUAGAGGAGGAAACUGAGGCCUAGGAAGGUGAAGUGACCCAGCUACCAGAUAACAGUAAGAAUUUGAACCCAGGCCCCCAAUUUGGUAUUGUGCUUUCUCUACUGUGAGGGUGGUUAUCAGUCUUGGCUGUGCACCAGAAUCACUUGUGAAACUUUUUCCUUUUUUAAAAAUCAAAGCAAUAUAUACACUGGUUAGAAAGUAAAAUAGUACAGAAGGGCUUAUAAUGCAAAGCAGCUGUUCCUGCUGCACCCCCACAUCCAAAGGGUGUGGAGCUCCUUGCUCUGGUCCCGCCCCUGGAAAUCUAAUUCAGUAGGUGUGGAUAAUAAUCUGGAUAACAAAUUCUUACCUCACAGGGUGGAAAGGAUUAGAUGAGAUGCCUUGGACUAAAGCCCUGGCCUAUAGGGACACAAGUGCUCCAGAGGACUUAGGUCCUGAGGAUCAGAGAGGUGAGAGGCUUUGUCCUAGGUCCCAGUUGGUUCGUUGGCAGAACCUAGACUUCAACCAGAAGGGAUCUCUGUGCUUGCCCAGUGCUUUCCCACUGUGCCACACUGCCUCCUGUCAUUGUAAAGCAACACGAGCUUAGUGAAGGCUGUGUUCAAAUGAGAGCUGAUACCACAGUGUGUCUGGAUCCAAAUAGCAUCCCUAGGGCUUUUGAGAGGACACUACGUUGACUCCCUUAUACCCUGGACCUAGUAGCCUUGGUCUAGGGAGUUGAAGAGUACUCCAUGACCAUGUUUACCUUUAACUGGGCAUUUCACUGGGAAUUGCUGUGUUGCCCACCAGGAACAUAAACAUGUGUCUAAUCUUUACCCUGCCUUUGAGGAGCUCAAUAGUUGGGGGAGGCAACUCAUAGAAGAGCUGCUAACCAUACAGUAUGCUAGCACUCUGCCGGGAGCAUGGAAAAGGGAGGGCCAGUAGCCUAUGUAGAGGUUCAGGGAAGGCAUCCUCUAGUCCCAGAGAUGACACCUGAGCUGAUCUUGAGAGACUGGUAGGAAUUGCCCAGUUGAAGUGGAAGGAAUUUCCAGGUAGUAGGGACAUUUAUGCCCAAAGACCUGGAGGCAAGAAGCAGCAAGACAGAAAUCCUGAAGUAAGAUUUGACAGAGUUCAAAUCUACCUCGUGGGACAGCAUGGCUCCCAAACUGGCUUUGCAUUAGAACCACAUGGAACAUCCCAGGCCCCGGCCUCUGAAAGUUCAAUUUCUGUAACUGGGGUGAGCCCUCGGGAUCUUGAGUGCUUAGAAAAACUAGCACAUGACUCUAGGGUACAGCCAGGUUUGGGAACUGUGGCCUGAAGGCAGCGUGGGAGCCAUGGAAUGGUUUUAAGUAGGGGAGACCCUGAGUUGGAUGCGAAUUUUAUAAACCUCUUUCUGGCAAGCCACUAUAGAAUGGAUUAGGUUAAAUGUGCAUGCUGUAUGCUGCCAUGCCUGGAGUUUCCCUGUUGGCUCAAUUUCUCAUACUGUGUUUGCUUGUUUUGUUUCUGAAUAAGCUGAAAGCACCACAGGUAUGGGUCUGGGGUUAUCUUGCUACUGGCAUAUCCCCAGCAAAAAGCACAGUGCCUGACCCCAAACAGGCACCCAAUAAAUAGUUUUUGCAUGAGUGAAUGUGUGAAUGAAUGCAUUUGUGACAGAGAAUGGAGACAGUGGGAUGAGUUUGGAAACUGUUGAAAAGCCUAGGAGGCCUACUCAAGGGCAAGGGCAGUGGGAAUGGAUCAGAGGCAAUAAAAGUGUGAGCCAGACUUGAUGCCUGAGGAUUACUGGAUGUGGAGGGUGACUGAGGAUAGAAUGUAUGCCCAUUAGUAGCCCAGAUUCCUCCUCUAUCCCAGUCAUUCUCUUUCCUUAUUCAUCUAAGUCAGCAUCUCCUUCCAGCCUCAGCCACUGGAAAUCCUCCCUCAAGUUAGUUAAGCAUUCUGUGUGCUGUGUGGUCCCCUCCCCCUCCACUCCCACCUCCCCACUCCCACCUCACCCCCCAGCCAUUGAUUCAUUCAUCCAGUUCAAUAAAUCUUGGCUAAGCACCUCCUGUAUGCAGUGAGGCUCUUCCAAGCCAGGACUCUGACUCCCUCUUUCCUACCUCAAGAGAUGUUUUUGAGGGCUUCCCCAGGUAAGACUUCCCAUCCCUUAGAGAGUAAGUAACCUAAAGCAAGAUGCCCAGAUGUCAGACCUGUAAGGGAACUUACAGACUUUGUCCAACCCCCCUCCUGAGGCCCUGGGAGGGGAAGGAGCUUGCCCAAGGUCCCAUUACUAGAAAGUGUCAGAGCCAGAACCGGAACCUAAGUUACCUUUCCACAUCACCACUAGAGCCUUGAUCUCUCCCAUCACAGAUCAGGACAGGCAGAGGCGGCCAGGGAGAAGGUGGGACUUAGGUCGGCCUUGAAGGUCAGUGUACUGGAUAGGCCAAUUACACUGCCCCCUUCUGGAAACCCUCAGCAAACCUGCCAUGCCCACAGUCCCUUCCAAGGGGUUUCUUAAGCAUGAGUUGCCAUGCUCUGUACCAUGUGACCUCACUAUCCUGGCCACAAGAGGUUAGUUUGGGAUCGUAUCGGAUUCGAAGACAGCCAGUCUCUAGGCUAUAGCCUAUUAGGUGGACUGCUGUAAAAGUUCCACCUCAUAGUGAUGGCCUGUGUCAAAUGGCCUCCAGGGAGGCCAGAUGUGAGGCAUUCAGAAGUGAACUAUUUUAAUUAGAACUUAGCAAGACAGAAGUGGUGGUGGAUGAGGGGUGCCAGAAGCUAAACAGCAAAAGCUAGGAGAAAGCUGCAGGGACCAUGAGACGUUUAUAUCAUGAGAACAUGGGGCCACAGGUAGCAGAAGCCAUGAAGCAGCAAGACAACCAUGGGCCAAAAGGACACAGAAGCCAUGAAGCAAUAGGAGCCACAAUGUAGCAGGAGCCACGAGGAACAGAAACCACGAGACAAAACCAUGAAUACGAGAUCCACGAAGCAGCAGAAGGCUUGAACAGACAAGAUCACGAGCAGAAGCACUGAGACUUGUCGGAGCCACAAGGUAGCGAGGCAACAGGAAUCGAAGAGGCUGCAGGAAUUAUGCGGCGAGCAGAAGCUACAGCACAGAGAAGCCCUGGAUUAACUGGAACCGAAGCCCCCAGAAGCCAGGAAGCUGCAGGAGCCAGGAGGCCGAGAAGCCCUGAGGCCCCUGAAGGCCAAGUGCUAGCGAGGGAGGGUAGCAGGGGGAAACAUUUUAAAAAAAGGUAGUCUAAGUAGCAGUAGGAGGAGUAUAAAUACAUCCAGAAAGAAGUUGAGUCACCAUUUUGGGAAGCACUAUAGAGAAGGGAGCAACAGAUGCCUGCAGCUGAGGGGGUGACAAGAUAAGCCAGGCUCUAGAGCUGCUUUGGAUCAUGAACCAUUUUCAAGUUUCUGUUCCUCCAUGAGGCUGCCUGUGUAGCUGUUUUUGUCUUCCUUAUUUCCCUGUGAAUGCUUCAAUAAAUUUCCAUCACUAACCUGAGUGUGUCUGUUUUUGUGAUCUAAAAGAAGUUAAUACUGCGGUGUGCACUGUAGAUGGGUGGAUAGCAGGGCAGAAGGUCGUCCAGGUGGGUUUGAAACAAGACACAGGUGGGAAUUCACUCAUCCUUCCUCUCAUGCCCUCAGUGGCACAGGUACUUCUCAUUCAUUUAUUCCCUGGCUCCUUUUUCUCAUUCAUGCCCCCACUUACUGUCCAUUUGUUCAUCUCUUUGUGCAUAAUUCAUUCAUUCACUUAUUAGCUUGUGCACUCAGGCAUUAAUAUAAGCGUUCACUCAUUUGUUGGCUCCACCUUUGCACCCGUUUGGUCAUCCAGAAUACAUGGGAGUUCCUGCAUCCUGUCAGGACCAGGGCUAGGUUCUAGAGAUAAGUUAGAAUUCCUGAAUUCUAGGAAUUCAUGGUUUAAUUGGGGACUCAAGUAGAGGAGUGCACCAAAGGCGAGAGAUUAUACGGCAGAGGUCUGGAUGAGGCAGGGUGAGAAUAUAGGACCAUGCCCAUGUGGGGUGGAGCAGGAUGGAGGGAAUACUCAAGAAAACCUUUAUGGAGGAAGGGGCACUCGAACUGCCUCUUAAAGGAAGAGUUGGUGUUUACUAUGUAGAAAGGAUAUAGAACAUUCCAGGCAGAAGAGCUGCCUGAGCAAAGUUAACAUGAAGAGUGGAAGUGCAUGGAUUUGGGGGUGGGCUGGGGAAUGGGCCUUGUCCUGUGUGGUGGAAGAAGUGGCAGAAGCCAGGCAGUGGAGCAUUAACUUUGACUCCAGGGGCGAUAGGAAACUGUUAGAAGGGUUUGAAGCAAGGGAGUGACAGAGUCAGACUGGUAUUUUAGGAUGAUCACUCUGGUAGCUGGCAUAAAAGAUGGUUGCAGGCGUGAGAUGCCUAAGUAACACACUUGGAGAGAGAACAUCUAAGUGUCAUAAUUAGAGGCAUGAGUGAAAACUCGAGGAGUCCCUGAUGAGAGAGGAAAAAGUUCUACCAGGGGACCAAGGCAGACUUUUCAGAGGAGGACUGAGCCAAGCCUUGAAGAAUAAAUAGGAUUCCAACUGGUAGAGGUGAGGAAUAAGGGCUUUCCAGGCCUGGGAGACCUGAAAACAAGCCAGGAGGUAGGUGUUAAUGAGGUAACUUCAAGCUAACAAAGAUUGCAGUUUGAUUGCAGCAGAGCUGCACGUAAGCUAAAGGCAGGAAGGGAGACUGCAAGUUUCACAAAGUUUUUUCUAUAAUGCUGCCUUCAGGUCUGCAGAUACAAGGGAAUUUGGGAGGGAGGGAGUAAGUGGUGGGCAGGAAUGUCCUUUUCCUGCGUUUUUAAGAUUAAUUUUAAGUACAUGUUCAUUUUAAAAUAGGAUCAGUGCACACACAUUAUUUAGAAGGCAAAUCAAUAAACUUAAAUCAGUACAAAAGGACAUGAAAAGUUGAGUCUCAGCCCCACUCUCUACUGCUUUUCGUUAUUAGCAACCACUGUUCGUUAUUUCUUCUGAUUGUGACCUCCAUAUUUAAAUAUUGUGUUAUGUGAGCAUUUGUCUUUUAUCAGUUUCAGACAUUAACCCAUUGAUGUCCUGCAAAUGACAAGUGAGGAUUUAGGUCACAUCAAGUUCAACUCUUGUCUUUCCUGCUUCCAGUAUAGUUUUGUUUCUGUACUACUUUUCUGAAUUUAAAUGAUACUCUUCAUUUUCCAUGACUUAGAGACAAUAUUUGACCAGAAUUUUGUUAGAUGUGAAUGUCUUUUCUUUUUCCCCCUUCCUCUGCUCUCAACCUCCCCAACUUCUGUCAUCUGGUCUUUUAUAUUGUCAAAGUUGAUAACAUUUGAAUCCUGUAAUCAUUAUAGUUUUUGAUAUGCAUGUUGUCUGUAGUUUGAUUUGAAAAGUGAUAAGCAAUUGUAGAAUAUGACUGUAAAUACUCACUGAAGAAGCCAUUUAAUGUACUUUUUAUAAUUUUUCCUUGUAGUUUUCAUUUUUCCUCAAGUUUCUUUUUUUUAAAGAUUUUAUUUAUUUAUUCAUGAGAGACACACACACAGAGAGAGAGAGGUAGAGACACAGGCAGAUGGAGAAGCAGGCUUCCAUGCAGGGUGCCUGACGUGGGACUCAAUCCUGGAUCUCCAGGAUCACGCCCUGGGCUGAAGGUGGCGCUAAACUGCUGAGCCACUUGGGCUGCCCUUUCCUCAAGUUUCUAAUUCUCUUUUCAUCUUUCACUGUUUUACUUUAUUGUAUAUUCCAUUUUUUUCCUCAAAAUUCUCUAUUAAACAUUCCAUCAGGCCUACUUUUUUUUUUCCUCCAGGAAGAACGUCUCUUGGAGGAAAAAAAAAAGAUCUAAGAAACCUUCUUCCUGGAGCCCACUAUAUUCUUUCUCAAAUUGGACUAGUUGCUCUUUAGGCCUGAUGCAGGGCUGUCAUUUCUGGACCUUCCUUCACUGCUUUCCUUGCUUAGAUCCACUAUUUGCUGAUUCCCAGGGGUUUUGUUUUGUUUAUUUUUUUUCCAUUGAUGGUUGGGCCACAUCCUCAAGUAACUUUCUCAGAAAAGUACGUAGGAGUUAGACUUCCCAAGUCUGCACAUCGAAAAUGUCUUUAGUCCUCCUUGUACUUGACUGUAAAGGUUGAAGUUCAACAUCAUUUUCCCACUGUGAAGGAACUGUUCCACUUUCUUCUAGCAUCCAAUUUUGAUGAUACACAGUCUGAUACCAGUCUACGUCUCAUGGCUCUGUAGGGAACUUUCCCCACAUCUUUUUUUUCCUCCUCCUUCCAGAUCUCCAUGAUAUAAAUGUGAGAUCUUUUGUUACCGUUUCACAGGUUCCCUAAGGUUCUAUUCACUAUUUUUUCCAGUCUAUUUUCUCUGUUUUCCAGAUUGAGUAAUUUCUAUUGUUCUAUCUCCCAAGUUCACAGGUUCUUUAUUCUCUCCAUUUUGAUAUUAGCCCCAUCCAUUGAGGUUUUUGUUUUGGUUUUUCACUUCUAAAAUUUCCACUUGGUUCUUUUUAUCUUCUGUUUCUUUGCUGACAGUUUCUAUUUUUAAUUUGUUUUAAGCCUGUUCCUAAUUGUGCAUUGAGGCACUUUAUGAUGGCUCCUUAAAAACCCUUGUCAGAUAGUUUUUAACAUAUCGGUGUUGGAGUCUAUUAAGUGUCUUUGUCAUUCAAGUUGUGAUCCUCUUCGUUCUUGGUAUGAUGACUAAUUUUCUGUUGAAACCUGGGCAUUCUGUUUCAACUUGCCUCCUCAGACACUGUUGUUCCAGCAGUGAAAGAGGGGACAUUGCCUCAUUACUACUAGGUGGGCGUGGAAGUCUAGGAUCCCCGCUCAGUCUCUGUGGACAGUCCAGACUAUGGAUAGUCAUUACUCUUGGGUGGGGAGAUGGGAGUUGCAGCUCCCUCCUCAACCUUCUCUGAUACCACCCCAGCAGGAAGAGAGAGGGGUGACUUUUUACAACCAGCGAGGGUAGAAGUCUAAGCUUCCCACCUGGUGUUUGCUGGUGGGACCACAGUUGUUUUCUGUGGUAUUUGGCUGGAGUGGAGUUAUCUAAUGGCCACUUCUAGCCAAGUGGAGUUAUCUAAUGGCCACUUCCUCCCCCCAAGUCUAGGGUAUGCAAGCAAAAAAGCAAACCAAGGGAACUCACCACCAUGUUGCUUCUCUGCUGCCAAGGUCUCUAGCAUGUUUGCCUUCUUCUCUUCACUUCUCAGAGUCAUGUUUAUAUACAGUGCCCCAGGCUCUUAAAUGUACUUGAGAAGAGAAAUAAGAAAAAGUACUUCACCCACCCACCCCCACUUUAAAUAGUUAUUUUUUAGGAAUUAUAUUCUUGGUGUUCUGAAAUUUUAUAAUUAUGUGUUUAGGUUUGGGGAUUUGUCAUUCAUUGUACUGGUUACUGGUUAGGUCCCUUCAUUUAGAAGUUCUUUAACUCUGGGGAAUUCUUUCAUUUAUUUAAUACAUUACUCCCUUCCGAUUAUUUUGUUCUCUCUGGGAACUCCUGAAUUGAUCUUUUGUAGUUUUUAUCUGUUCUCUCCCUCAAUCUCAUUCCCCCCCCCCCCUUGCCUAGUUUUCUCCCUCUCUUCCUUUUGGAAGAAGAUUUAACUUUUAUCUUUCAACUCUUCUGUUGCUUUUUUUUUCUUUCAUUUUGAUGAUCACAUUUUUAAAUUUCCAAAUAUCCGUUCAUGUGCCUUUUCCUUUCUUACAGCAUCCUAUCUUUGUUUAUUUGAUGCUCUAGUAUCUUGACUCUCUCUGGGUACACUAAAGGGUUUUUUUUUUUCUUUAAAAAAAUAUGUUUCCUUUGUGAUUUGUUUUACCCUUUUUGCUUAUUUUGGUCUCUCUUAAUUUGUGGUCAUUUCUCAAGUGCCUGGUAAUCCAUGGUUGUAUACUUAUAUUUAGGAAUGUAACAACAUAUCUGAUUGGAAGCUCUGUGUAUGGGGGGCAGCGCUAGGUGACUGGUGGCUUCCCUUUAGGAUGAUUGGUUGGAGAAGAACUGCCUGCUAUGCUGCAGAGUCCCUGAAUGCCAGAAAGCAAAGAUAUUUUCUCUGAGGUGGUUUAGUUUCCUUAGUUAAGAACCCUCUGGGUUUUGCCUAAUGGGUAGACACCUGGCUGCUGUGAAUUACACACAAGGGGGUGGGUUAAUGGUUCAAUAUACAACCUUCCAAUUAAUCUCCCUGUUUUCAGCCCAACAUCUCACUCCUACUUUACAUCAUACCUGGCAUUGUUAAGACCCAAGACAUUCCAGGUUUCUGCAGAGAAAGAUCAACUCCUUCCUCGGUGGCAUCAUCAUGCAUACUCCAGGCUAUGGCUUCCUCCACCAUGCUUCAUCAGUUACCAUUUGUCCAUUACUUUCUGUCUUCCAGAAAUGUGUUAAAAUCUCUCUUGCUGAUGGACCUGCUCUCAUUCUCUUCAUCACUGUGUUUUUAUACCUUUUUUUAAAUUCCUUUACUAUCAUUUUAGCAAGGUCUCAGGUGGGAGUGAAGAUAAACACAUGGUAAGUCUGCCAUCUUGAGCUGGAAAUCUAGUCGAUAAUGGUUUGUUAUUAAUUUUUCUGGUAAUUAUCUUAAUAUCUCUAAGUAAUAUGCAGAUUUUUCUAUUUAUCAACUUAAUUAUCACUUUUAGACAUUAUCUGUUGACUUCCUGCUAUUUAAAUCAUCCAACUACCCUCCUCACAUGCCCCCAAUAUAACUCUACUAUUAAUUAUAUAUCCUCUAUUCCUUACCUUUGUACCUUUCAAUAACAGAUUUACACUCCUUUCAGUAUCUCAACUUGUCAUUUUUAUUUUUACUUCAAUUAAUAAGAUUAAUAACAUUUACAUUCUGGUCUAUAACCAUAAUUAAGUCAUCCAUACUUAGCUGGCAGGUCAUUCUAAAAGUUUAAAGUCAAUAAAGUGUUUAUGUUAUUAUAAUUAUGUAAAUGUUGUUCCCUGAAGCUCCAAUUAGUGUACUAGGAUUACGUUUCUUUUCUUACGCAGUAUUUUUUUUCCUGGAGUUUCUAAUUGCCUUUCUUUUUUCCUUGCGUUGUCUGACUAUCUCCUUCUUAAGUUAUUCCAAAUUCUCAAAGGAAAGUAUAAAAUCAUUUGAAUCCCUUUUUUCCCAGAUACCUUCCUCCUGGAGCCCUCCGUCUUCCUGUUCCAAUUUGGACUGAUUGCUCUCUAGGCCUGCAGCACAACUGUCAUCCUGGGACGUCCCUUCAUUACUCUUCUGGGCUGGACCCAAUCUUUCCCGGACCCCAUAUCUUCCUCUUUCUUAGUUUACUCCUUUGUAGUGGACUUUGUGAUUGUUUUCCAACAUCCAUUCCUCUCCUCUCCCAUUGUAUAACAACUGUACAAUUCGAGUGGGAUUGACUCCACUGCCAGCUUUAGGUAUAGGCCUUUAUUGGUAUAAGCCAAUCUGAGUGUCAUGCCCCUUGCCACAGUGAUGAUUGGUUCUGGCAUGAUCCAGUCACACUGAAGCUUAGAACUUUUGUUCAGUUUUUGAGGGAAGAGGUGGCCUGUCUUCCCUUGGAUAUGAACAAAGAAGCAUGUGGCCUGUUUGCUGCUGUUAGCCAUCUUGUGAACAUGCAGAAGGCCUACCUGAGGAUGGAGCUGACAAAUGGAGAAGGCAAAAGAAUCACAGAGAAAUGGAACCAUAUUCCUGAUCAUACCAUGCCUGAAGUCUGCCCUGCCUUCGGACUUCUCAGUUAAGUGAGCCAAUAAAUUACAUUUAUUAUUUAAGCCGGCUUGAGUUGACUUUUAUAUUACUUGUACCUGAAAGCAUUCUUAAACUUUUUGCUGUCUCCCUUUACAGAGGGAAUGUGAGUGUAUUUUUGGUUAUAUAAGGUGAAAUUAUAUAGGUGGAAAGCAUUUUUGUGGAGUAACUUUGAGAAGGGUGUAUGUAGAUGUUUGACAAUCAAAAGAGUAAACUCGGUGGCUACCUAGCAUCUAAAUCCUCAUCCUGUUAGGGAGAUUCCCCCCUCCUAUGAGUCUUCGUUGGAGGCAGGGCUCUACUUCCUACUGUGGAAACUGAAGGAGGUCAGAAACCUCCUUUCCCUGCCCACCAGGGGUUGAAUAUUCUGUUCAUGGCCUUGAAUCUAGAGUCAGGUCAACAGUAUAAGGGAGAGAGGAAUAUACAAAGUUAAUGUAUGAAUGAUAGAUUAGGAGAAUAUAUUUGCAAUGUGCAAGACUGGCAAAAGAUGGAUAACUAGAAAAAGAAGAUAGUAAACCCAAUAGGAAAAUAGGCAAAUGAUGUGAAAAAUAACUAACAGAAGGAGAACCUUGAAUUUGUACAAGGGGAAACUUGAAUAUAUUAAGAUAUUUCCAACUUUGCUAAUAAUUAGGUGAAAAUUAAAAUAACAAAUUGCUAUAAGAAUGGUAACAUGCAGAAAGUCAGUAUUAUCAAAUACUGAUGAGGAUGUGCAGAAAAGGAAGUUCAUGGGUGGGAGCAUGAGCUGAUCCAGGUAUUCCAGAGAUUAAUUUGGCAGUACCUCCUGAAGUUCAGUGUGUGUAGGCCCUACAACAUAGCAAUUGCACUCCUAAAUAUAUAUUCUGGAGAAAUAUAUACCUGGGAAAUUCUCACAUAGGUCCUUAAGGAAAUAUAGUUGAGGUUGUUUGUUAUAGUGUUGUUUGUGUUAAGUGAAGAAUUGAGAGCAAUCUAAAUGUCCAUCACCAUGGGACCAGAUAAGCAAACUAUGGUAUAUUUAUAGGAUGGGAAAUAGAAAACAGUAAAAAGAAAUGAGCUAAAUUUACUAUAGCCACACAGAUAGGUCUUGAAAGCCUAGUGUUGUAUGAAAAGGUAAAAACGGAAUGAGAUUUCCAGCAUAACACCAUUUAUGUAAUUGUAAAACAACACUAUUUUCAUGGAUAUGCAUAUAUCUAAAUAAACAUAUGGAAGAUGAAUUGGAAGUGUAUAUACAUGAAAUACCCUCGAGUAGCUCACUGAGGUGGAAAGUCAAAUGGGAGUGGGGAUGGGAACUGGAAGGGAAAAAUAAUAGUACAAUGAAAUAAAGCAAAAGAGGGGCCUUCAGUGAACUGGGGAAAAUAAUGUGCCAUGGAUUGAAGAGCAUGAGUAAGACCAUGUGGACAUUGACCACAAAUGAAUGAUAGCAGACAGGAGGAUGGCUGGAGGUCAUCCAGAGUGGUGGGUGGUGGUAGGAUGACAUCCAGGGGUUGCAGCAGUGGGGGUAGCAGGACCAGUAGUGGCAUUAUAUCUUGGCUGUUCCCAUGGUGUGGCCUUAUCUGUAGCUUCUCCUACCUACAUCUCCAGGCUUCUGUGAACUACGUGAUAAUCUUGUAAUAAGUCCCUUUUCUGCUUAAGUUAACUAGAGUCAGUUUCUGUUACUGGCAUCCAAGAAUCCUGACUGAGACAUCACGCAUUUCAUUGGAGAACAUCCUCAAGUAACUUCCUUAAGAAAGCCGUGCUGCCUGGAGCUGUGACAACAAUUUUGUGACAGUGAGGGGAUGAACAUGAGGGUGAAGACACAACACAUGAAGGCAGACAAAGUUAGAGCCUGGUUCCCUGAUGGCAUCAUUGAGCAGCUGAACCCUUGCCACACUGAUGUUAAUAAUAAAUGAACUUCCUGAAAAAUAAAUAAAUGAACGAAUAAAUAAAGCUAGAUAUGUUUAAGCCAC